AUGGGCAAUUCAUGCUGUUCUCAAACUUAGACCAUCAAACAAUCUUAAAAAGAAAUUCUAAAUCCUAUUCCUUAGGAUGACAGAAUAAAAUCUUUAGGGGAUUCUAUAUAAAUUGGACAAAUUGGUGAACUAAUCUAAUAGCAUUGCAAAUUAUAUCAAUAUUAAGAUGGAGAUGAUUUGAUAUCUCCUCCACCAUUGUCUCCAAAAUAAUAACAUGUUAUUGUUUAUCUUGAGCCAAAAAUAGUAAUUGAUGAAGUAAUACACUUUCAGACUGACAUUAUUAAAGGAAUACUAAGUACACGAUCUCAUGAAGCCUAUUCUGAUUCAGCUUGCAGUUCAAUUAAUGGAAAAGAUAAUCAUUAAAAAAAAGUCUAAUUUAUAUUGUAAUCAAUAUAAUGA